GCGGUGUGGUGCUCUGGUGACAUCCGGUGACUGCCGUCUCGGCCCGUCGCGCAUGAGCCGUCGUCUCAACUCCCCGGAUCAGCCCCUGCGUCAACUCGAACGACAACCACGUACGUCCCCCGCCUGCGACAUCGAGGCUGCCACACUAGCAGACGACUUGAUUUUUUUCCUUGACACCUGGUUCUUGGCAGUGUCUAUGUGACACCGACCUUCAAAUCUCCAACGCGUGGAGCAAUAGGGCCCCUCAUCCGUUGACCCUCAUCUCACACUCACAUCUCUACCCCAUACGCCAUGGCUUGGGGAGAUGGCUUCGUCGAUGCCGGGACGCUCAAUGGACUGCUGAGGAAGCUCGAUACCGGCAUUCGUAUCGACGAUGCAUCCUUGCAGAGAGCCUUGGAUGAUCCCACCCACGGCCCCGCGUUCAAAGAAUGGGCAAACCUCCACUUAGGCGCCGACAACCUCCUUUCCAAAGGCGAGCUUGCAUUAUAUGCGUCUCUCGAUCAAUCUGGUGAGGUGGACCAGCUCGUGACCUCCCAGGAUCUGGCCAUUGUCCCAUCUGUCACUGAAGAAGAGCUCAAGACGGCGAUCGAGGAGCUCAACAGAUCCACGGCCUCUAUCACCCGACAGACUGAAACCCUAAAGCAACAUCACAAUGCGCUCGCGAAGCUCAUUGAAGCUGAUGCUAAAGCUGCCGACUCUCGCUCUAUGUUGGCGGCUAAGAAGGCAGCUAAGCAGGAUGCUGAGCGCAAGAGGCUUUUGACCACGGUGGAAGAACUUUCUCAAAGCUUAAGCUUCCGAAUUGCCGACCUGGAACAACAGUCCAAGGCCGCCGACGACGACCUGAACCGAACUGUGGACGAGCUUCUCCACUCCGAUGAUAAGCUUCUGUCGAGCCUGCAGAAGCUUGGGUGGGAACUCGAUUCGGAAGAUCCUGAAGACAAGGAAAACGUGGAGAGACUCCGAGAAACCUGCAUGAGGCUCAUAAAGAGUAUUGUCGAGACGACACGCACAAAACUUGACAGACUCUAUCUCGAGGCAUUGAAUACGGCACCGCUCGAUGCAGGUGCUUCGAUGGAGGAUGUCACGGCGUUACAGGAGGAGGUCGAGUCUCUAUAUGCUGAGAUUCUCCCUGUGGCUCAAAUGUCGGUCGAGCAGCAGUACCUCGAACCAGCUCUGAAGUCAUUGUCGGCCAAGAAUGGACAAUCCAUCAACCGGUCCGCAGCUGCUGUUGUCUACAUCAACGCCUGUCUCGAGUACCUCUUAGGUCGUGUAGACCGGCUCACACCUCAUAUCGGGACACUUCGCUCUCAUCAAGCGGCAAUAUCCAGCUUCGCCCACAUGAUCAAGACGCAACUGGCCGUCCCCUCCGUGUCAGCAGAAAAGACAGCCCCACCACCUCAGCCCGCAUCGCCUAUCCGGGUCCGAAAAAACACAACCUUAAAACCAAGCUGGGACCGCCGCUCUUCCGACCUGCCCGACGAGUCCCCAGUUGAAGCCCUUCUUUGCAUGCUCGCCAUCGACGUGGCACAGCCGUCCACCUCCACGUCUUCUCCCCAGAAUCCGAACUUGGCAGUUAGCGGCUGGGACGCUAUCCCGAUUCUGGCCCGAACUCAAGCCGAGCGAGAGGCAAAGGCGGAUGACGUGGCGCUCAAUGCCCAGGAAUCUUUCGAGCACGCCACGGCGGCACAUCUCGCGGACGCACGGCGGGCGAUGCAGCUCCUGCGUGAUAGUGUGCUUGCCGAGAGUCCCUUCGGGGCGGACGUCAAGCUCGUGGACCCGGCCAUUGAGAGCUCUAUCAUUGUGCUGAGGCAGGAGGUUGCUAAGGUCCAGGCGCGUGUGGAGGAGAUUGAAUCCGUGAGGUCGUCUGCCAGGCACAAGAACAGGGGACCGACUGGAAAACAGAGGGAGUUUGUGGAGCGAUGGGGGGCCUGAUAUAUCAGUAAGGGCCCAAGGACGGGGAUAUAUCAGGGAUGAAUCUGGCCAAGUUGCCAUGGCCUGAGGUCGCCUCCUCUCCCUGCUAUUUUCAGAGACAAUACAUAUAGUAAGAUUUGUAUAAUCUCCAAGUCGACACCGUUAAUCUUCACACUUCGCAUCCCGAGAGCCUUAAGACGUUGAAACUCCUCGUCGUGGUCGUGGACAAGUUGUGAAAGAUGAUUAGUCCUUUGGGCGGUUCAGACC